UAUUUACUUGUAUCCAGUCAACCAAGUCAUACCCUGUCAGCUUGAUCGCUAGGGUUUCACUGCUUAUUAUAGCUGGUAGAAACCCCGACUAAAAGACGAUUAUCCAAUGCUCACCGUCCACAAUGCUUAAUUAUUUUGGCCUCAUCGGGGUGCUGUUGAGCAUGUGUGCAUUUGCACCCCCCGUCGCUGCCAAUGUCGAAAAGAUAAUAUUCCUUGGCCCCGAUACCAUCAACGUUCCCCAUCAGAGCCCGACCAUUGCAGAUCUUGGUCUCGAUGUGUUGAGUCCAGACAGCGCCAAUACUCGCUCGAUCCGGACUUAUCUAGAGGCAGAAUUCCCUGGAAAGGACGAACAAGGUCUUCGUAAGGGAAAGACGACAUGGCUUUUGCUCGACAACUUGAAGCCCGGGCAGCGUUACGAGGUUCGCGUGUGUUGGGCGGCAACUCAACCAAUAUCCUUCACUCUCAAGACUCAUGAUGUUCCAGUGGUUUGGGACACUCCUGAGCUGAUCUCCUCACUAUCAGAGUAUUCAACUGCUAGGCUGGAGAAGAAAUCAACCCAAGAGGGAGAGGAAUCUGGGCAGUCAGGUCGUAAAGCUAUCGACCGGCGGGGAGAGCACGAAGCCUCAAUGCUGUUGCUCGAAAUACUGGCCGCCGCCGACUACUUCACCGACCAUGCGAAUCUCAUGGAGAAGGUCGAGCCAGUGCACGUUGACAUCAUCUUGGAUCCGUACGUCUUCAACGUUCUGCCACGUUCCCUCAUACCGACGGUUCUCUAUAUACUUGUUGUAGCCACCGUCUUUUGGUUAUUUGCUCGCAGGAUGGCGGCAGGAUUUCGAGAAUUCGCUUCCGACAAGGCUACUUCCGAAAAGAAGCAGCAAUGAUGCCAACUAAGAAGGGAAACAAAAAAAAAGAAAAAAAAAAAGAAAAAAAUCAUCACCUGCAGAUCAUUCAUUUAUUCUUAUCGGGUACGCCAAC